AUGUUUCACCAUCCCGCACCUGAGAUCUACCAUGACCACCGGCCAUGCUUCACCAUCCCGCGCCAGAGAUCUACGAUGACCAUCCCCGCCACACCAUACUGCAAACAGAUGCACACUGUGGCUCCACUCUUGUCGUUUCAGUUUUCUUUGAGCUUCCCCGAUAAAAUGUCUUUAAUUGUUGUUGAAUUUGUCGUUUUUCUCUAUGCCCACCAAGUGUUCGAUGAGAGGUUGUUCCUAGAAGCUCCAUGUCUCAGAAAUGGCUGGUUUUCUUGUGUAUUGGAAGCUUCUGUGCUGGCAUGUUUUUCACCAACAGGUGAAUUUCAAGAGAGAAGUACUUUUCUCUUCAUUCAACCUUUUGUGUAUCGUUGCCCCUCGACAAUUUUGCAGUCUGAGAAACCAGAGGCAUAUAAGAAAAAUCGUUAUAAUUAUGUGCAAGAAUAG